GGGGGGGGAGUCUUUGUCUUUAUGUUAUGGGAACCAUGACACGUGACCACCAGGGUCAUUCGCAACGGCCGAUUGAAAAGAUAACUGCCGCAGAUUUCUUCGCGCGGAAUGACGUCACAGGGCGGGUGAUGAGUCACGCCCACUGGGGGCGUGGUCCUCGCACAGGUAAGGGCGAGAUAUAUCUACGGUAUGUGCUCAGACUUGAAGCUCAGUGUCUCUCUCCUCCAUCCCCCAUCCGAGCAAGACAUACCUGCCCGACUGCAGCUGAGCUCAGCUCAUAGACGGACGUCCCCCUAUGUCACAUUCGCCGGCUGACACAUUAAGCUCGUCGACGAUUCUUAACAAGCGCAUUUGCUUGCUUUAUUGACGAACAGGUCUUUUUUUGAGACGUAUUUGUGGCAGUCGUACGCGCGUGUUCCAGUUUAAAUCACGCAGAUGAGAACGCGUUGCAGGUGAAGCCUCAGUAGUAGUUCUGUGAAGCUCAGAUUGCCAUUGCAGUAUCUGUAUCGUUGGCUGUGUAGCAGCUUCAGCCAUGGCCGAUUUCCCCGACAAAGUUUCAACGAAUACGAGCAGUAGCUACCCGACAGCACAAUCGUCGUCACAAAUCGCUUUGGACAAAGGAUUUGUGAAAACCAUUCCGGGUAUUCUUAUGAUACUGGAAAUAGUGUUUGGUCUCCUGGUGUGGUCUCUGGUCGCGGCCACCAAUUACACGACCGUGCCUCCACUUGGCUGGGUCCUGUUCGUGGCCGUGUUCUUUUGGCUUCUCACCAUCUUCUUCUUCGUCGUCGACCUCUUUGCACUCUACACCCGGGCACAGAACAUCAACUGGUCGCUGGUGGGCCUGGUCUUCAACGCGUUCGCUAGCGUCCUUUAUUUCUCGGCUGCCAUAGUGGAGGCGACCAUAGCCAGCUCCUGGACCCGCGAUGAGCUCGAUAUGUACGGGCACCACAUUGCCGCCACGGGGUUUGGCUAUAACCUUGCUGCUGCAGUCAUUUAUCUUACCGCUGCCAUCACUGACGCCGCAAGCAGCAACAUAUACCAAGGAAAUGAGCGAUCACACCUGGUGGCCUCCACGCUGCUGUUGGAAUGGUACUGUGCCAAUACAUAUUUGCCAUUCUGUGUGCAAAAAAACCCAUUGCUUUUCUACUUCAAAUCCUUUCUCACUGCCCAAGAAAUAUCAGGGGAUUAAGGAACUUGAAAUGUAUUGGGUUGAAAUAAAUCCAGGGACUUUUAUUGUCGCAUUUGAGAGAGUAGGUGGCCGCAUUCGGGUGCCAACUAGCUACGUUUCAAGAUAAGAGCCAGCCGUCUCGAUUUAAACGCAAUUGAGACCACCGAUCAUAAUCCACGAGCCAGCGCUCGCCAAUCUAAUAAUUUCUGAGGGAUCUGCUGAAGUGAGGCUUCCUAAUUAGGAGUCUCAUUUUGGCUGAAGUCACCCGUGAGCCAUAAACGUCAUUCUUAGUGCAGAGCAAUGGUUUUCAUUAUGCCUCUCUCAAGCUGCACAUGAGGCUCGUUCCAUGCUCAUCCGUGGCCCAUGCAGAGUGGAGGGGGUGGCCUAAUAGCUGUGACACCUCCAUCACCAAUUGCAGAUAUGUGGAUUUGUGACCCCCACCCCCCAGUCUCUGAGACAGAAACUUACAAUGAUGUCACUUAACCUCUGGGCACGGCUAGAGUCACUGCCAAAUGAGCGCACACGGCGCUGUUUGAAAUUCUGGGAAACGGCAUACGUGAACAGCGCCGUUACUCACGCUUAGGCACACUGAGCCCUCAGGUCCUGGAGAAGUACGGGAGUGGAAAUGAGGUCCUUUAGCUUACAGAUUGUGAUCUCUCUCUCUUGCCGCUGUUGUGCCACAGUACACGGCAGCCGGCAAAUAAAAUUAGCAAAGCGCAACGGUGGCGCGAGUUGAAUGCCCGUGACAUUGUACCCACACACGUGGCAGAUGGUGGGGGUAAGGAGUAGGGUUGAGCGAGUACUUUUCGUAGUGGUAUGGUUUUGCCACACCGCUCUCGAUAUCUCUAUGCUAAAUGAAAAAAAAACCCUGAAAAAUAAAAUAUAUUAUUGGAUAUUGAAUACCCUGAUAUUUCUAACAGAUGGCCACUUUGUCUCUGCUUGCAUUUCAAUGUUUGAUGCUUGUACCUGUAUAAUGAAAUGAUUGUGCCACUCAAUGAUUGAUCUGUUAAAUGAUAUAAACAUAGUUUUUUUUAUUAGGAGCACAAGCCAUUGUAUAUAUUCCUUUCAACUCAAAAGUAGUUAUUUUAUUCUCAACAUAGUCUUUACUGUACUCUCAUUUGCAUGAACAAUGCUGAUCUUAAAAUAAACCUGCUAAAUUGAAUGCUUUGUUUUAUUUAUACGUCACUAUUAUGAUUUAAUUAUAGUUUGUAAGAUGUUAAAUUUGAUCAUAUCAACGUGCAAUAUGAAAUGUGUGAGGUAAUUCAAUAAUAUAUCAUCAGGCACUUUGCUCAUCUGUGCGUCAAGACUAAAAUUGUUUUACAAUAGAGGUGGGUGGUGGAGAGGUUAUAGAGCGCUGGGCUGGCACGCCGGAGAUCUUCAGUUCGAACAUGAAUUUCAGCCACCCGUGAUUCAAUCAAAUUCUUAGGUGUUGCGAGGUUUCUGGUUUCGGUCCAGUCACUGAUUGCCGUGCACACAAAACAUAUAUUAUCUGAGGUGUCCAAAUUCCAGCUCUGUGAAUGAAUCGGUUUGACUGUCAUGCAACAAUCUCAUUGUGGAGCACAUGAUAACAUUCACCCCCUACUGUAUAAUUGGUACAAAGGCCAAUUGAAGGAUGUUUUAGAAGUCCUGCGGCGAUUCUAUUCUGUAGCCAGCCUUGAAAUAUAUGGGGCACACUCCUAUAGCACAACUGAAAUAAAUUGGCAAGACUUUUUAAUCUAUUUAAUGCAUUUUAAAAAUAUUUUUCAUUAUUAUUUUCCUGUUGCUUGAAGUCAAACUGCUUUGUGAAUAUGUUUUGCUACUAUACAGUUGAACAAAGGGCCUGUUUGAGGUUAAGCAUGUUGUGCAUUGCUUUCCAUUUAGGUACGAGUGAAAUUAGUGGUACAGAACAGAAAUCAAAUGUUUGCAAUUUUAACUUAAAACCAAUGUCAUCAUUCAUUUUAAAAUGACAAAGAUAAACUGAUGCCAAUUACAAAUGGAUUCAAUACUGUGUGAUAUUCACGGUGACAGUGAAACACACUAAGGCAUGAUUUGUUAUGAAAUUGCUAAAACGCAGGUGCGUUCCAGAAUGCUUUUUAAACUUUAAUCACCAACCUCACGAGUACCAAACAUCAUCCUUAACCACCUCAAAUUGAGAAGUAUGCAAUUUUGCACACUUAGUCUGUUAAUUGAAAUGUAAAUACAUCAAUAGAACAUUCCUUUAUAGGCCUUUCGGUUAUGCUUAAAUGACAAGCACUGUACUAAAACUGAUGUGCUGAUCGGCAGAAUGUGAAUCUUGGUGAUUUAUUAUGAUUUUCUGUCCACCUCUGCCUUUGCCCUGCAGGUUUUUGCCUUUGUGGUCACCUGCUGUUACUGCGCCAACACUGGCUUCAGUUACCGAGCGUGGCGUACCAGCUCCUAGACCUUAGAAAGCUGCCACUGCCAAUGUGGUACUAACAGCUUUUCCUACUAAACUGCCACCUUGACAUUUAUUUUAUAUAUAACAAAAAAAAUCUACACAGAACACGAAGAAAACUUUUUGUGCAGCAUGACUGGUUUGCUGAUUUGUCAAUUUUUUAUAUUUUUAUUUUAUCACACUGGUUUGGAAAUGUUUAAUAGCAACCUCCUUAAAAAAAUAGCUGCAUUCUUCCGAGAUCAAUUGACCUCCCUUGCACACCGGGUGAAAUGUAUUUACAGAGUGGCGCGUGAUUGGAACUCACUAUGUAGCAGUUUUGUGUGUAAGAUUGAGUUAUUGAUUAGCUGACCAACCAGUUCUGUCAGUGUUUACAGAAAAUAAAAAAAACCCAAACAUCUAUUUCAAGAGGCUUUAAACUUUUUUAGUGACCCAAUUUUUGCCACGAAAAUUGUGAAUCUCGUAACGUUAAGGUGGCUUUUGCAUGUAUUGUACAGAUUAAAUCAAAUUGUUCAUGUGCUUUUGAAAACAAAUCACUCUCUUGAAAUUGUGAAAACAGCCUUGCGUUGAAUUCAUCGUGAGAGAUCAAUGUUUAAACACCUAUGUAAGGAAACAGAAAGUUAUUAUAGAAUCUUCUUGGUUCUUUCGGUAAAGUCACGUAGAAUGAGAAUAAAACAAUAAAACAAAAUAAGACAAAAUUCUCACGACGUUUCGGCCACAACACAAGUAGCCUUCUUCAGGUGAAGGAACAGAA